AUGACCAGCCCUAAACAGACCAAGAAGACCAUCGUCACCAGGACGACCAAGGCGGGCAAGCGCACCAGGAGAGUGGUGACCACCACGUCAUCCUCAACAUCCACGCCGACUACGGCCACUGCAACUCCAGUGACCAAGGUGGCCGCCGCCGUUAGCGCUGGCAAGUAUAAAUUCAUCCCGGAGUUCGGCGGCCAAGGCAUCUCCUACUGGACCGAGCUGCAAAAGCUCUAUGCUGCAUCCAAGACCAGCGCCGCGUGCGCGUUCAUCGACAGCGCGGCGCAGGCGCUGCUGGAGGAGUCCAGCACCGACGAGGCCAAGGCCUCCGUCGCCUUCGAGGCGGCCAUCGACGUGCACAGCUGGCUGCAGAGCCUGGAGGUCGGCGACGCGCCCGCAGACUUGGCGCUCGACUGCGUGUACUUCAGCAUGCCGCUGCUGGUGCUCACGCAGUGCGCCAACUACCUCAACUUCCUCGAGACGGCGGGUGUGAGCCACGAGAGCGUGGUCAAGAGCUCCACCACGGCUGUGGGCCACAGCCAGGGCGUGGUGAGCGCCGUCAUCUUCUCUGCGGCCAAGACGGCCGAGGAGUUCGUCGCGAUCGGCGUCUCCGUCCUGCGCUACAUGUUCUGGCAGGGACUGCGCGCGCAGGAGGCGUACGACCAGCUCCUGACGCAGUACAAGCAGGACGGUAAGAAGAUCGCGGACGCCGGCCCGAUGCUGGCCGUGCGCGGUCUCAAGAAAGAGCACGUGCUCAAGGCCAUCGAGGUGGCCAAGCGCCGCACCAAGACGCCCGACCUGCAGCUGUCGCUCAUCAACGCGUCGGACAUGAUGAACGUGACGGGCUUCCCCGCGACGCUGACGCUGCUGAAGCAGGCGCUGGAAGGCCUGUUCGCCAAGCCCGACGCCAACCAGACGCGCAUCCCGCACUCGCAGCGGAAACCCACGGGUUCGCUGUCGUUCUUGCCGCUGUCGGCUCCUUUCCACACACCGCUGCUGACUGAGGCCAAGCCGAAGCUGGUCCAGGACGUUGAGCGCGUCAAGUGCGCUAUCAAGGGCAGCCAGCUGCAGGUGCCCGUGUACGCUACGAACGCGGAGGCGACCAACCUGCAGACGGUGGACGACGUUGUCGAUGAACUUAUUAACAUGCAGUUGCUGCAACUCGUGGACUGGACUGCGGCGUGGGCAAAGAUUGCGGAGCACCACUCGAGCGCGACUCACGUGCUGGAGUUUGGACCCGACCUCGGUGUGGCGAAGCUGAGCGACAAAUUCGCGGAAGGUCUGGGCAUUGAGGUGGUGAUUGCGACCGCCAAGCACCCGGUCAUGAGCACAUCGACGAAGUACGCCCCUCACAUCGGCCUGCAGCAGUUCAUCGACGCUGCGCCGACCUUCUCCCCGGCCGAGGCGACGUGGGCGAAGAAGUUCGGCCCGCAGGUGACGGCGUCGGGCAAGCUCUACAACAGAUUCACACGCGCGCUGAACAAGCCCCCCGUCAUGGUCGCGGGUAUGACGCCCACGACGAGCCUGGAAGGUAUCGACCUCGUUGCGGCUAUCCAGAACGCGGGUUUCCACGGCGAGCUUGCGGCGGGUGGUCUGUCGCGCCCGAACAUCUUUGAGGACGCGGUGAACGAGCUGGUGUCGAAGAUCAAGCCUGGCCUCGGCAUCGCGAUCAAUAUGCUGUACCUGAACGCGAAGCAGUGGGGCUUCCAGUUCCCGAUGGUGCUUCGUAUGCGCCGCAGCGGCGUGCCUAUCGAGAGCAUCACGAUUGGUGCCGGUAUCCCGACGCAGGAGCGUGCGCUUGAGAUGAUGUCGCAGCUGGAGGCCGUUGGCAUCAAGGUGGUGUGCUUCAAGCCCGGUUCGGUGGACGGUAUCCACGCGGUGCUGGAGAUUGCCGCGGCGAUGCCAUCGAUGACCGUGAUGCUGCAGUGGACUGGCGGCCGCGCUGGUGGCCACCACAGCUUCGAGGACUUCCACCAGCCGAUGGAGGAGACGUACGCCGCCAUCCGUCGCGUGUCGAACGUGCUGCUGGUGGUGGGCUCUGGCUUCGGCAACUGGGAGGACUCGAAGCAGUACCUCACGGGCGAGUGGAGUCUGGCGCGCGGCCACCUACACAAGAUGCCUGCGGAUGGUAUCCUGAUGGGCUCUCGCGUGAUGGUCGCGAAGGAGGCUGCGACCGCGCCGGCAGUGAAGAAGCUGCUGGUGGACACUCCUGGUAUCGAGUCGGAGCUGGAGUGGGAGACGAGCUACACGGGCGUCGUGGGCGGCGUUGUCACGGUGACGUCGGAGCUGGGCGAGCCGAUCCACGUGGUGGCCAACCGCUGCGCGCAGCUGUGGAAGGAGUUUGACGACAAGUACUUCUCGAUCCCGCGCGAGCAGGUGGAGCUGGCGCUCCGCCUGAACAAGCAGGACAUCAUCGCACGCCUGAACGCGGACUACCAGAAGCCGUACUUUGGCUGCAAGCGCAACGUCGAGACGGGCGAGGUUGUCCCGGCGGAGCUGGAGGAGAUGUCGUACGGAGACGUGUUGACCCGCCUGGUCGACUUGACCUACGUGGAGGUGGAAGGCAAGCCGCAGCGCUGGGUGCACGACACGUACUUCUCGCGCGUGAGCAAGUUUAUCACGCGCACGGAGGAGCGUUUCCGCCGCGAGAGCUCUGGCGCGCUGUUCGACCAGUCGGAGCUCAAGUCGAACCCGCGCGGAACGCUGAGCGCGUUCAUUGCGAAGUACCCUGCGACGGUGUCGACGCUGCUGUCGGUGCCGGACUGCGACUUCUUCCUGGAGCUGUGUCGCACGGGUGGCAAGCCGGUGAACUUCGUGCCUGCGAUCGACACGGACUUCAAGACGUGGUUCAAGAAGGACUCUCUGUGGUACUCGGAGGACUUGGACGCGGUGCCGGAGUGCGACGAGCAGCGCGUGUUCAUCCUGCAGGGCCCCGUGGCUGUCCGCUACAGCACGGUGGUAAACGAGCCCGUGGCGGACAUCCUGGGAGGCAUCAACACGGGCUUCAUCAACGUUGUGAAAGAGAGCGGUGCGAUUGCUGCCGCGCCGGUUGCGGCCGUCAAGCAGACUGUGGACAUCGCUGGUGUUGAGGUCACGGAGAUCGACGACAGCGUGGAGGUGUCGAUCUCCACGGAGGAGAGCGCCGUUCCGUCUGCUGACGAAUGGCUUGCGGCGCUCGCCGCGUCCGUGAGCGACAAGGACUGGCUGAAGGCGCUGAUCUCGUCGACGCACGUGGUGGAGGAGAAGAAGUGGCUUGCGAAUCCGGUCCGCCAGCUUCUUGUCCCCCAGGUGGGCCAGAAGUACGUGAUCGACGCCGCCGGCGUUCGCGUGUUCGACAGGUCGAUCGACAUUUCGGGCCCCGUGAUCGAGAUCACGAAGAAGGACGCAGCGAUUGCCGUUGUGGUGAACGAGGUUCGCCCGGCGGUGACCGAGCUGAAGGCCGGCGUCGUGGCGCUGGAGAUGACGUUCCAGCACCACCCUGAGCUGUCGUGCUCGAUCCACGCUGAGGGCAGCGGCUUCAUCGACAAGGUGAAGGCGUUCUACGCCCGCUUCUGGGUGGCCAUCGAGGGCAAGGAAGAGGAGUCGUGCGAGGCUGCGUGCGCGGAGAGCGUGAUGUCUCCUUUCACGGCCGACUUCAGCAUCACGAAGGAGGACAUCGUGGCGUACCGUGCCGCGCUGGGUCUCAGCGCGGACGAGGUGGGCGCUCCCGCCGACUUCUCGACGAUCGUGUCGUGGCGUCCGCUGAUCCAGUCGGUGUUCACGAAGGAGGUGAAGGGCAACCUGCUGGACCUGGUGCACCUGAAGCACUCGUACAAGCUGCUGUCAUCGCGCAAGGCGUCCGCGACGUUCCUGCCUGGCGACGACAUCGUGAGCACGUCGAACGUCGGCAGUCUGCGCAUCAUCGACAGCGGCAAGAUUGUGCACGGCGUGGCCAUCAUCUCGCGCAAGACGGUGGACGAGCAGAUGGAGGAGGUGCUGGAGCCGCUGGUGGAGCUGCACAGCGAGUUCCUGAUCCGCGGCUCGUUCAAUGACUUUGAGUCGACGUUCUCGAUCGACAAGUCGACGGACGAUUUCGUGCCCAAGCGUCAGGAGGACGUUGAGAUCCUGAAGGCGAAGUCGUGGCUGAAGCUUGCUGCCGAGGCCUCGGUGAUCGUCGGUGACCACCUGUCGUUCGAGCUGAUGACGAAGAAGCAGUACGCGUCGAUCAACUCGCUAAGCUCCGUGGAGGUGUCGGGCGUGCUGUGCCGUGAGGAGGCUGGCUCGAAGGUGGAGAUCGGCACGGUCGAGUUCAAGAGCACCGAGGUGAACGAGAGCCCCGUGGUGGCAUUCCUGCGCCAGGUGCAGCCGGCGGACGCGAAUGCCGGUGGCAUGUUUGCGAACGGUGGUUCGCACAUGCUGGAGAAGCCGCUGGAGAUCAACGUGCCGGCGAACGCGCUGGCGUACGCCGUGGCUUCGCGCGAUCUGAACCCGAUUCACCGCUCGAAGUACGCCGCCAUCCUGGGCCACCUGCCGAAGGGCAAGCCGAUUAUGCACGGUCUGUGGACCGCGACGAAGGUGCGCGAUCUGGUCAUCCAGAGCUUCGGUCUGGGUUUCGACAGCAACGUCGUGGACUACGACGUGAACUUCGACGGCAUGGUGUACCCGGGCGACAAGCUGUUCAUGCAGGCGCGCCACAUCGGCCUCGACAACGGCAAGAAGGUUCUGUCGGUGGAGGUUGUGAACGGCUCCGGCGAGCGCGUGGUUAGCGCGCGUGCUGUGGUGAAGCAGGCGCCGAUGGCGUUUGUGUUCACUGGCCAGGGCUCUGCCGCGGUGAACAUGGGCAUGGACCGCUACCAGGAGUCCUCGGUUGCUCGCGAGAUCUGGAACCGUGGUGAUGUUCACCUGCGUAACACGUUCGGUUUCUCCAUCCUGGAGAUGGUGCGCAAGAACCCGAAGUCCAUUACGGUGCACUUUGGCGGUAAGAAGGGCCGCAAGAUUCGUGAAAAGUACAUGAGCUUGACCUGUGAGGACCCUGUUACUGGCGAAGUUGCUCCGUUGCUGCCGGAGAUCAACGCCCGCACGCAGAGCUUCAGCUUCUCCGCCCCUGAAGGUCUGCUGUUCGCGACCCAGUUCAGCCAGCCUGCGCUGGUGCUGCUGGAGAAGGCAAUGUUCUCUGAGAUUGAGGCCGCACAGUUGAUUCCCGACGAUGCUCACUUCGCUGGUCACUCUCUUGGUGAGUACGCCGGCCUCAGCUCUUUUGCUGGUGCCCUGGCUGUUGAAGACGUCGUCGAGGUUGUGUUUCUCCGUGGCUUGAUCAUGCAGAAGGCUGUGAAGCGUGACGCUGAGGGACGCUCGGACUACGGUAUGGUUGCCACGAACCCCACUCGUGUUGGCCCCCACUUCACGGAGGAGGCCAUGUACAAGGUCGUAGACGGCAUCGAGGCUGCUUCGGGGAAGCUCCUUCAGGUGGUGAAUUUCAACAUCCAGCAGCGCCAGUACGUGGUUGCUGGUGAGAACGUGAACCUGGAGACGCUGUCGCUGGCGUUGUCUGCGUUCAAGACGGUGACGUCGACCGCUCCGGAGGAGGUGGAGAAGGUGAUCGCAGAGUCGCUGGCGCAGGCUCGCGCUCGCAAGGAGAAGUGCGAGCAGAGCGGGCGUCCGUUCACGCUGGCCCGAGGCCUGGCGACGAUCCCACUGGUUGGUAUUGACGUGCCGUUCCACUCGCGCGAGCUGUUGGGCGGUGUGCCGUCGUUCCGCGCGCUGCUGCGCACGAAGUUCGACCCGCAGGUGCUGGAGCGCCAGCUGCCGCUUCUGGUGAACCGGUACAUUCCGAACCUGGUGGCCACUCCGUUCUCGCUGGAGCGCUCGUACUUCGAGGAGGUGUACGAGGCGACGAAGAGCCCGUACCUGGCCGAGGUGCUGGACCCGAUGCAGUGGCAGUUGACGACGAAGGCGCAGCUCGCGCAUCUUCUGGUGGUGGAGCUGCUGGCGUACCAGUUUGCGUCGCCCGUGCAGUGGAUCAAGACGCAGGCGCUGCUGUUCUCGGAGGGCGGUGUUCGCCGCUUCGUGGAGAUUGGCCCUGCUCCGACGUUGACGAACAUGGCGCUGCGCACUCUGCAGGUUGGCGACUUCCCGUCCGUGCCGCGUGAGAUUCUGUGGUACCAGCGCGAUCGCGAGGCCGUCCACUUCGAGGAGGAGACGUCGAACAUCUCUGCGUCUGAGUACGCGCGUGGUCUGGCUGCCGAGGCUGCGGCUGAGGCCGCGGCCGCCGCUGCGAAGAUUGCUGCUGCGUCUGCUCCGAAGGCGGAGGCGGCUCCCGCGGCGCCGGCCCCGGUUGCUGCUCCGGUUGUUGUCGCGCCGGCGGCUCCGGUGCAGGCUGCUCCUGCUCCCGCUCCUGCGGCGUCGGUUUCUGCUGCGGAAGACGCGCCGGUUGCUGCUCUGCACGUUCUGCGUGUGCUUCUUGCUGUGCGCCUGAACAAGGACCUUGGCGAUAUCAAGGAAGACACGGACGUGAAGACGCUUUGCGCCGGCAAGUCUGCGGUGCAGAACGAAAUCCUGGGUGACCUGGAGAAGGAAUUCGGUGGCGGCGUCCCCGAGGGUGCCGGCGAGGUGCCGCUGAAGGAGCUGGCGUCGAAGUUCUCCGGCUACAGCACGCUGGGCAAGGUGACGAACGGCCUGAUCAACAAGGUGGUGGCGAGCAAGAUGCCCGGCGGCUUCACGAUGUCGAGCAUCAAGGAGUACCUGAGCGGCGAGAAGGGUCUGGGAGCUGGCCGCAUGGAGAGCGUCCUGGCGCACUCGCUGCUUCUUGCGCCGCAGGCUCGUUUCAAGAGCGAUGCGGACGCGCGGAAGUGGCUGGAUGACAGCGUGAAUGGCUACGCUUCGUUCGCGGGCAUUUCACUGGCCCGCCCGACGAUGGCUGCUGCGCCUGGCGCCGUGGGCAUGUCGUUCAACCCGGCUCCGGUGUCGAUCCCUACGGUGGCUGACAAGCCCGUGGAGGCGAAGCACGCUCUGCUGGUGAUGCUCGCGGCUAAGUUCAGCAAGGCGUUCACGGAGGUCCCUGAGACGGCCACGAUCAAGGAGCUGUCCGCUGGUAAGUCUGCGGUGCAGAACGAGAUCGUUGGCGACCUGGAGAAGGAGUUCGGCUCGGGUCCGGAUGAUGUGGCGGAGAUGAAGCUGGUCGAGCUUGCUGGCAAGUUCCCCGACUACGCGUCGCCCGGCAAGGUGACGAGCGCUCUGAUCGCAAAGAUGCUGGCGAGCAAGAUGCCCGGUGGUUUCGGUCUGUCGGCCAUCAAGGAGUACUUGUCGAGCGAGCGUUGCCUGCCGAGCGGUCGCAUCGAAAGCGUGCUGCUGCACGGCCUGACGCAGAAUCCGAAGCAGCGCCUGACGGACGAUGCGACGGCGAAGAAGUGGCUGGAUGGCGUCGUGGACGACUACGCGAAGUUCGCUGGCAUUGACAUCCCGUACCUGUCUAAGCUGGGCGGUAUGAUGGCUGGUCCAGCCAUGGGCCAGCCGGCGAUGCAGUCGAGCUCGCUGCCGAGUGACUUCGAAAAGCGUCUGAAGUCGAUGAUCGCGAACCAGGUGGAAGCGUUGAACUCGUACCUGGGCGAUGACCAGUUGGACUGGCACCGCAAGAUCGAGACGGAGGUGGACUUGCGUGAGGACCUGGAGUCGUCGGUGUCGCUGUGGGUGACGGAGCACGGCGAGUUCUACGGUGCUGGUAUUGCUGGCAAGUUCGAUGCGAAGAAGGAGCGUCAGUACGACAGCUACUGGAACUGGGCUGUUCAGGAUGCGAUGGAGCUGUACUACCGCACUGCGGCUGCUGCGAAGGGCGUUGCUGUCAGCCCCAAGCUGGCUGUGAACGAAGGUCUGAACACUCACUUUGAGGCGAUGACGCGUUUCAUCAACAAGAAUGUCGAUACGAUUACCGAUGAGUCUGCUCUUCCGCCCCUCGAGUGGUUCAAGCCCUACCUGUGCAAUCGUGCUACACCUGAGCUUCUUCAGUGCACGCAGUUCUUCGUGUCUCGUGCCGAGGAGGAGAGCAGCCCGGAAUUGGCCCAGGCCGUCCAGCUGCUGGUGGAGCAAGUGGAGGAGUGGCUGAACACAAACCCCGUCAACAUGCAGAUCUUUAAGCCGACGCAGCCCCAGCUUCGCAUUCUAGAGAACGGUGAGCUGGAGUAUGCUGAGGUUCCUCGUGAAGGUGUGGCCGAUUCCAUCAACUAUGUCGACGAGGUGGCUCGUGGACUGGAGUACAACGACGCCAUCGAGACCGGAAAGGUUGCUGGCACUGAUGUUACGGCGGGCAUGACCAGUGCUGUCGGAUUUGAGUCAACCUUGAACGACAACGGUAGCAUGAGCAGCGAUGAGCCGGACAGCGACGACGACGACGACGAGGAGGAUGAAGAUGAGGAGGCUGCAUCUGUGGCCGACAAGCAGUCUUCUAAAACCAAGAAGGUAGCUACUGCGGAAGGUGCCAAGCUGACUGCACUGCGUGACACUCUUCGCAAGCGCGCCAAGAGGGAGUCUGAGAAGUCCCUGGUCGCUCGCUCGUCCUCGUUGCGCUACGGCCUGAACGAGAACCUGAAGAAGAUCGUGCUGCCGCACGUGCACGUCCGCAAGCCGUCCGAUGUGGACCCGACGAUCCGCCUGUACGACGUCGAGUCGACCUGCGUGCUGCUGUCGUGCAUGCGUGAGAUGGCCUCGACGGGUAUCUCGUUUGCCGGCAAGGUUGCUUUGCUGACGGGUUGCGGCAAGAACUCCAUUGGUGCCGAGAUCGCGAAGGCGCUGUUGGAAGGUGGCGCUACGGUGUUCGUGACGACGAGCAGCUUCAGCAUGAAGACAACGGCGCUGUUCCGCGAAAUCUACGAGCAGCACGGCAGCCGCGGCAGCCGCCUCAUCGUGCUGCCGUUCAACCAGGCUUCUAAGGUGGACGUGCAGAACCUAGUGGCGCACAUUUACAACGUGCACAAGCUGGACCUGGACUUCGUGAUUCCGUUCGCGGCACUGUCGGAGGUGGGCCGCACGAUCACGGACAUCGACUCGCGCUCGGAGUUGGCUCACCGCAUCAUGCUGACAAACACGAUGCGUUUGCUGGGAGAGGUCGUUACGGCGAAGAAGGCUCGUGACAUUACGACUCGCCCUGCGCUGGUGAUCCUUCCGAUGUCGCCGAACCACGGUAGCUUCGGUGGUGACGGUCUGUAUGCCGAGUCGAAGCUGGGCGUGGAGAGUCUCAUGGGCAAGUGGUACUCGGAGGGCUGGGAUGACCAGCUUUCGAUCGUUGGUGCCAUUAUCGGUUGGACCCGUGGCACGGGCCUCAUGUCUGGCAACAAUGUGGUUGCUGCGGGCGUGGAGAAGAUGGGAAUGCGCACGUUCAGUACGACCGAAAUGGGCUUCAACCUGAGUGCACUGAUGCACCCAAGCAUUGUCGACCGCGCAGCCGAAUCGCCGAUCUUUGCGGACCUCACUGGAGGCAUGGCCCAGGUUAGCGACCUGAAGGACCAGGUUGAUGCCAUUCGCGCCGACAUCAUGAAGAAGGCGAAGCUUCAGGCGUCUAUUCAUGCCGCGCUGGAGAGCGACAAGAAGAUGCUGGCUCUACCUUCGACGCAGAAGCAGGCUGCUCCGAGCUCGAAGAAGUUUGCUCCUCGCGCAAACAUGUCGAGCUACUACUGCAACUCGUUCCCGAAGCUGGGUGGUGUGGCUGGACUGUCGGCGUCGACGAAGCAGGCGCUGCUGCGCGGCAUGCUGGAUCUGCGCCAAGUUGUUGUGGUGACUGGUUUCGGCGAGGUGAGUCCGUGGGGCAACUCGCGCACGCGCUGGGAGAUGGAGUCGUACGGCGAGUUCUCGCUGGAAGGCUGCAUUGAGCUGGCGUGGUUGACGGGCCGCAUCGCGUUCGACAAGGGCAACUGGGUGGACGCGAAGACGAAGGAGAUCGUGCCGGACCACCAGGUGAAGCCGCGUUACGAGGAGGACAUCCUGAAACACUCGGGCAUCCGCAUCGUUGAGCCUGAGCUGUUCGACGGGUACGACCCGAAGAACAAGAUGGUGCUGCACCAGGUGGCCAUCGACAAGAAGAUGUCCCCCAUCGAGGUGGCCGACCGCGAGGAGGCUCUGCAGUUUCGCAAGGAGCUGGGCAAGGAGAACGUGGACCAAGCGCCGAGCGGCAACACCUCUCUACGCUCGUCCGCACCGCCUGCGUCACUUUGCGUCUCGGGUGAUUAA